AUGACACGCAGCAAUCUGAGUAGCACAAGCUCCAAGCUGCGGAACAGCUGCCACUCAUGCGCUGUUUCGAAAGUCAAGUGCCCCAAGGAGAAGCCAACAUGUUCCAAAUGCGAGAGUCGUGGCAUCGCCUGUCAAUACUUCCUCGCCAGACGU